AUGGACCCGGAGACCUCGCCGUCUACUCCACAUGCAAUGGUCAAUUUCACGCUCCUGACCCCCAGCACGGCCUCCGUCCUCACACCACGCCUGGGCACUCUGGCCUUUGCGGGCAGAAAACCCAUCUCUACGCCGAACUUCGUCCCAUUGACCUCGCGAGGCGCUGUGUCGCAUGUCUCGCAUGAUGUGAUGCGCGAGCAGACUGCUAUUGGCAAAAGACAGGAAAAGAAACGAACCGUACCCAUAUACAACAUCCCCACCGCAUCGCACGAAUCGGCCCUCCGCAAAUUUACCAGCUUCCCUGAUGACUUCCUCCUGAUCCUGGGCCCCCGUCGCGUGCCUCCCAUUCCCUGCGCUCCAGACAACACGCCGAACUCGAUCUCCAUCCUCACCUCGGUAGGCUUCCGCCAGCUCGACGCGAACCAAUAUAUCGAAGCGGUGCAGAAACUCCGCCCCGACAUCGUGGUCGGAAUGGCCGAUCUGGUCCUGGGCAAGCGCGCCGGCAGCAAGCGACAGGGGAAAAUGGUCGACCGCACCCACGCAUACACCAUGCACGGCACCGACAAACUAUACGCCUCUUCGGACUCCCCCUCCAGCGCGGCCUACUUCGCCCCCGUGCUGCCCCUCGAGAACACCCAACAGUCGCUGUACCUAGAGGAACUGGAGGGCGACGAGCUCCGCCCCCACGUCUCCGGGCUCGCGCUGUACGACACCAUUUCGCUGUCCAUCGUCCCCGAGACCCUGGGCACGCUGCCGCGCGUGCUGUUCGACGAACCCGCCUCACCGCAUGACAUCCUACGCCAGGUCGCCCUGGGCGCCGACCUCGUCACCAUCCCGUUCCUCGGCGCCGUAUCCGACGCCGGCAUUGCCCUGGACUUUGUCUUCCCCCCUCCCCCUCACUCUUCCGACGGGCCUACCCCCAAAGACCAGCCUCUGGCCUUCGAUCUGUGGUCCUCAGAGUAUAAAACGGAUAUCGCUCCGCUCCAACAGGAUUGCGGCUGCUAUGCAUGCCGCAGCCACCACCGCGCGUACAUCAACCACCUGCUCCACGCAAAGGAGAUGCUGGCCUGGACGCUACUGCAGCUCCACAACUACCACGUCAUGGAUCGGUUCUUCGCCGCUAUCCGUGAGAGCAUCCAGCGCGGCACCUUCGAAGCCGACGUCCAGGCCUUCCAGCGCACGUAUGCUUCCGAAUUGCCGGAGAAGACCGGCCAGGGCCCAAGACUCCGGGGACACCAUCUCCCCGCGACGGGUCCUCAUGCACCGCGACGUGCCCGCGCAUGGGGCAGACUGGACGAUGCGGUGACGCGGUUCUCUGAGUCGCCGUCUGCCGUGGCGACGCCAGAUACGGGGGCGGAUGGUCUUGAAGAGCGGGGUUUUGCUGAGAAGCAGUCUGCAUAG